AUGGCUACCCUUCUUCUGACCUAUCGCAUCUCAUCUAUGACAGUGAACAUCUAUCCUGGUUAUGAAAGCAGUCUGGAGAUGAGUCAGUUAUACAGCGUAACGUAUUCCUGUGAUUUCGAGCUCCUCAUGUUUCCCUUUGAUGCUCAGCUGUGCCGUCUUCACUUCGAGUUGGUAUCGGCUUCCUCGUCGUACAUGACCCUCAUCCCGUCAGAGGCCAACUACACGGGUCAAGAUGAUCUCAUUGAGUACUCCAUUGGAAAAGUGUCUAUCAAAAUGGAUGAGGGAGGAGAGUUCUCAUCAGUAAGUGUGUAUGUGAGGUUCCAGCGUCGCUAUGUCUUCUACCUACUCACUCUCUAUAUACCAUCUACAUUACUUAUAAUCAUUGCCUAUGCGACAUUCUUCUUCAAUCCCCAAGACUUCAAUUCCCGCAUUGUGGUGGCUCUCACAUCACUGUUAGUGCUCUCAUCUCUUUACACACAGACUUCCAACUCCCUGCCAAAGACAUCUUACUUCAAGCUAGUGGACAUAUGGCUUUUCUUCUCUAUAGUGAUGAUCUUUAUUGUUGUACUGCUUCAGACAUUAAUAGACUUCUCUGCUACAUUUACAAGAAAGAACUUCUUGAGAGUUUGCUGCACUGGAUCUUCUGAAACGGAUAAAUCACAAGCAAAUAUAAGUCAAGAUAGUGCAAGACAUAACAUUACCAAGGUUCUAGUAUCCAGUAACAUGAGCAGUGAAGAACAGCACCACAGAGCAAUCACUAAUGGGUGGACGCAGGAUGAAUCGGCAUUGCCACUGAGAUACAGAACUCCAAAUGUUUAUCCUGUCAAUAUACCCCUCAUGAUCAAGAGCAGAUUCCUUAUACCAUUCAUAUUUUCCAUAUUCAACAUGGCUUAUUGGGGUUCAGCAUUGACAUACCUGCACAAUAUAGAAGACUAAAGAACUCCUAAGAAAAACAUGGAGCUCCAACUGCAGUAUACUACUACAGCAUAAAUAUAUAUAU